CACCUCUGACAGUUCAGUUUGCGAGAAGAGCCACAACACGAAAUUUUUCUCCUCGUGAAAAUUAAUUCUAAUUACUUUUCUUUUGUGUAUUUCCCCUUGUAUUUAUCACAAAUAUGGCCAACUACGUAGGAAGAGUGUCGAAAUUAUCCAGUGUAUUGCCAAAUAUCUCCUAUGGAAGUUGGCGCACACUCAGCACUGCACCAGUUGCGUGGCAGAAGAAGAGUGUGGCCGACAAGACAGGGAAGAAUAUCGUGUUGGUGGAUGGUGUCCGGACGCCCUUCCUUACGUCCGGCAGUGACUAUGCCCGUCUGAUGCCUCACGAGCUGGCGCGUCACUCUCUCGUGAGCCUUCUGAAGAAGACUGGCGUGGACAAGGAGGUGAUAGAAUACAUUGUCUACGGCACGGUGAUCCAGGAAGUCAAGACAUCGAAUGUUGGGCGCGAGGCUGCGCUCAGUGCGGGCUUCAGCAACCGGACUCCGGCGCACACGGUCACGAUGGCGUGCAUCAGCUCAAACCAGGCCAUUACCACGGGAAUUGGGCUCAUUGCAACAGGAACGUAUGAUGUGGUGGUGGCUGGAGGAGUUGAGUUCAUGUCGGAUGUGCCCAUAAGACACAGCCGGAAGAUGCGGAGUCUCAUGCUGAAGGCCAACAAGGCAAAGACUCCCAUGGCAAAGCUCUCUCUUCUGUCAACUCUCCGACCUGGUCACUUGAUUCCCGAGUUGCCGGCCGUGGCGGAAUUUUCCUCUGGCGAAACAAUGGGACACUCAGCGGAUCGUCUCUCGGCGGCGUUCAAUGUUUCGCGCAAGGAACAAGAUGAUUACGCUCUGAGGAGUCACACUCUGGCCAAGGAAGCUCAACAGAAGGGUUAUUUGACUGAUCUUGUGCCUUUCAAAGUCUCCGGAGUGGACAAACUUGUGAGUGAAGACAACGGAAUUCGUGUCUCCUCACCUGAUGCUCUGGCCAAGCUUCGGCCAGCCUUCGUGAAGCCACAUGGAACGAUCACAGCGGCCAAUGCAUCCUUCCUGACUGAUGGAGCUUCAGCUUGCAUGAUCACGACGGAGGCGAAGGCAAAAGAGCUGGGACUUAAGCCAAAAGCAUACCUUCGUGACUUCAUUUAUGUCUCCCAAGAUCCCGUGGAUCAACUACUUCUGGGUCCAGCCUAUGGAAUUCCUCAGGUUCUCAAGAAAGCCAAUCUAAAGCUGAACGACAUUGACGCAUGGGAGAUUCACGAGGCCUUUGCCGGACAAAUCAUUGCAAAUCUCAAGGCGAUGGACUCUGAUUGGUUCUGCAAGAACUACAUUGGUCUGAAUGAGAAGGUGGGCAAUCCGGACUUGAGCAAGUGGAACAACUGGGGUGGAUCUCUGUCCAUUGGACAUCCUUUUGCCGCCACUGGAGUGAGGCUUUGCAUGCACACGGCCAAUCGCCUUGUCCGGGAAAAUGGACAAAUUGGAGUUGUGGCGGCUUGUGCAGCUGGUGGUCAAGGUGUUGCAAUGGUCAUUGAAAGACAUCCUGAUGCAAAGGCUGAUUGAGGAUUUCCCGAAUAAUUCGAAAAAAAAUCAUCACAAAAAUCCAUUUUUUCAUUGCAUUCUGUUUCUUUACUUAUGGAAAAAAAUCCCGAGGUUAAAAUUUAAAUUGAACAAAAGUUUAUUUGUAUCAAUGUGUGGGGAAUAAAAGUGCAUUUUUAGUAAAGAUAA